AUGAGACAUUCUAGAAGUCCCUCAAAGAACGGUAAUGAUAGUCCCCAAUGCUCUACACCAGUUGAGUCUGUCAGCAAAUGGAAGAUCCCUCACUACUAUCGAAAAUCCAAUUCCGGUCCCGUCAAGAUCGAAGCUAGCUCAAGUUACAGUUCGAGGCAGGAAAAUGCAGGAAACAAUGGUAACAUAAACAUAAUGACAACACCUAAGCACGUACAGCUCGAGGAGACAGGAUGUGGUAAACGCGGCUCAAAAUCAAAGGCUAAAAAGGGAGAGAUGGUCUUUGUUAACUACACCGUGAAAGAUGCUAAGCCUGCGGAUCCACCGCCUACAAAGAAGAAGUCGUCAAAAAGUCGUAUGCUGAAGAUUUUCAGCUCCGUGCACAACUCUAAUAGUCAGAGCUCAAGCUGCGAGGACGUGCCCAGCCCUGACGCCAAAUAUUCGCAGCAAAACUUUUCUGACCUAGCCUUCCAGAGCAGGUCCUCAGCCUCUACUCCUUCACAGGCUACGAAGAGAUCCUACAGUUCUUUUUUGAAGUGUGGCGGAAUGGUUUCUGCGUCCACAAUCACGUCACCAACUACCUCGCCAUCUGAGGAGGUUGUCCCGAGCUCGUCAGCUCCAUCGCGAGGCAUGCUGCAGCGCCCACCGCUGGCUAGCUCUUUGAGCUCCAGCGUCUCGCUCGUGAACAAUAAUGGAAAAGCUUCUCUAACUCUUGGAACAAGCGAGCCAUCAUUAGUUCACCGACACUCUCCUUCGCGAGAGAGGUCGCACACGACGGAGAAUUUGCAAUAUGAUCACCACUACCUUGACCAAUAUGGCGAACACGGAGGAUUUUCUACAAUCCAGAGGGCUCAAGCAAGUCAUGCACAGCUUGCUCCAGGUGUCAAGCCAGGGGACGAAAACGACGCCUCCAUUGCAUUUAGUAAAAUGUUCACUAGGAAACGUGCCAACACAGGCGGGUCCAUGAGUUCACUCGUUUCCAGCACCACAUCUCACAAUUUGCCGUCUUUGCAUAGGAAUAUGUCAACAAACUCAAUCUCAUCACUCUCCAACAGGUACUCUCCCAUCCGCGCUGGCUCACCAGCAAGGAAUUCAUCGACAUGGAGAGCUGCCUCCAACCGCUACUCUCGUGAUCUCUCCACGCUUCAUAGUUCUUCGAAUUACGCUACAGAUUCAGCUAUUGGAAUGGAAUCUUACCUCGACACUCAAUCAAAGCAAAGGGGCGCAAAUCACAAGAAAAAACAAGAAUCUAUUUCUGAUCUCUACCGCAUUCAGCAGAACACCAUGUUUGUCCCAGACCCUAGCACAGUGUCGUCAGUAUCAUCAGCUUCGACACCAUGUUUUGUUGAAAGCUCGCACUGCAAUAAUGUGUCCGGAUUCGACGGGCAAAAUAGUGUUGUGUUUUCUUUGGAUCGCGAGAGCUCUUUGGAAAAUGAGAUCUUGGAAGAGCAAGAUGAGUCGGCUUUUUCGCCCAACGAGGCUUCCGCGUUGAAGGAAGUUGUUCCAAAGACUACAGUUGACUUUAUUGGCGAAAGAGAGUCCGAUAUUGUUUCUCUACAAAACACAAGCCGUAGCAGCGGUACUAUGUUCUCCUCCCUGGUCAAUUCACACUCCACUUUGGAUAGUUCAAUUCCUUCAACAAAAGAGACUGACAUUCCUAAAGCGUUCGAGUCAUCUAACUUCCCACACAUUAAUUCUACCGCACAGGCAAACAACCCUGCCUCUUUGAAUUUUGGUGGUGCGCAAAACGAUGAUUUUUUGAACUUAUACAUGGAACUUGACCUUGGCAGCCGGGCAGAGCUUAUGACCAGUCAGCCCGAGAAGCCUAUUCAAGGAGAAAGUGAGAUGUCAAUCUCCAACGGGUAUACGCAAGGUGAUGUAUCCACUCUCAAUUCAAUGUUGAACGCCUCCCCAGCGACAAUUACCAACUCAAAUAACAUAGGUGCAAGGUCGGCACCUCAACAAGACAGUUCCUACAAUGAACAGGUACCAUAUACGAGUUUUUCAAAUCGCAUAAUGCAUGAUAUAGAUCAAAUCACCCAUUCUAUUAACGCAUCGGACAAUGCUAACGAGCUCACUGAUGAAUGGAAUUAA